AUGGACGGAGGACUACUCCUGACUGGUGGUGAUGAUCAAAAUGUGUUGAUAUGGCCAACACAUUCUGACCCUUCAAGUACUUCACCUUUGGGAUACUUUACGGGACACAAUGGCAUUAUUCUCUGUGUUCAGACUCUUGACGAUGUGGUCUACUCGUGUGGAGCUGAUGGGCUGCUUAUAAAAUAUUCAAUCGAACGUGCUGCAAAAACUCCACAAUCAACUACAAAUGCUGAUGACGCAACUUGUGAAGACGCCGGCGUACUCAAACUGGCCAUAUCUUCAGAAAACAAGAAUAUAGUGCUUACCGCAGCUCAGGAUGGACUUGUGAAGCUCUACGACUUUAGAGCCAGCUCGAAAGAACAGUCGUCGUUGCCUAAACGAAAUACCAUCAUAGAACAAAAUCAUGUCGAAUUCAAUCCAGUCUUCAAUAAUGUGUUUGUAACGGCAGAUACCUCCGAUGAAAUCAAACUAUGGGAUUUAAGAAACUUUGGUCACGACUCCAAACCAAUAUCUGUACUCACCGCACCAAAACGAGACGUAUCUAGUGCAGUCUUCUCGCCAGACGGGAUGUAUAUAGGAGCACAGAUUCAAAACCACUUCCCUGUUAUAUUCGAUGCUCGCAGCUCAGAUAAUACAGCACCAUUAUGUGAGCUACGAGUAAAGCCAACGACAGACCAUUAUUAUCAAAGUGUCAUCACGGUCAAAACACCUGCUUUUAGCUAUAUUGGCUCACAAGUGGUAUUUGCUUGUGGCUCAGAAGACUUUAACGUCCACGGCUUCAAUAUUAGCAAGGACCUCAAUACUAAAAGUGGGGAAGGUCCAGUCAUUGUUGAAGAUUCUGACUUUACAUUGACUGGUGGCAAAAGUAUAAUCAACAACGUCCUCAUCCACCCGCAUCUACCGCUAAUAUACUCUUCGGGUGUCGAGAGUAUCGUACGUGUGUACUCGCCCUUCUCCAUGAAUGCCAAGGAUGAUGUUGUCAAACCAAAUGUCACUCGAAAGAGACUCCCUUAUAUACAACUCGUAAAUGAUUACCUGAGUCGACAUACCUUGCCAGAAGAGUUGAGGGGUAAUGAGAACAAGGUCCUGCUCACCUUUGACUUACUGCUAGGUAGAGACGAGAUGAAUGACAUCCUCGACGAUAUGGAUGACAGUGAUAGUGAAGGAGAACUGGAAGAAGACGGGGAGGAAGAAGGAUAUGAGAUGGCAAACAUGUCAGAUUCGUCUGAAGAAGAGAUGGCGGCCGAUCGGAUUGAUAUGUUGAGGAGGCUCUUUGGGGGAGAUGAGCCAGAAGAAGAGGAACCGGAUGACGAUGAAGAAGAUGACGAAGACUUGUAG